CAGGAGAGUUCCAUGGCUGAGGCUAGGCACCGGGUUCCGGACCUAGGAGUGUCCAGUUGGCUGGAAAAAUGCCAGAAGAGCUCACCAGGUGCUGGGAGGCAGCCCUUUUCUGGAAAGUCCUUUUACUUGGAUCUGCCUGCUGGCAAGAAUCUCCAGUUUUUGACCGGGGCCAUCCAGCAGCUGGGUGGGGUAAUUGAGGGUUUUCUGAGCAAAGAAGUGAGUUACAUCGUGUCCAGCCGCAGGGAGGCGAAAGCAGAGAGCAGUGGGACAAGCCACAGAGGCUGUCCCAGCCCCAGGGAGGUCAGAGUGGAAAUACCAACCUCAGCUGAUCCCAAAGGCAGCCAUGCCACACCCUCGCAAAAACCUGUAGACUCGGUGCCUAUGAGCAGAGGGAAGGAGCUACUGCAGAAGGCCAUCAGAAACCAGGGGAGCAGCAGUGGAGGAGGCAGUGGGGGCAGCAGCAGCCUCCUGGCCAACGCCCGCUCCUGGGGAGUGAGGAUUCUGCAUGUUGAUGAAAUGAUGAUGCAUGUGCAGCAGCUGUCUCUUGGUGCUUUAUAUGUGAGGAAACAAGAGCCAAAGACGCCAGAGGGAACAUGUCCAGCAGCAGAGUCAAGAAUGCGGAAAGUGGCCAGACUAAAGGCACCAUUCCUCAAAAUCGAAGAUGAGAGCAGGAAGUUUCGUCCUUUCCACCAUCAGUUUAAAUCCUUUCCUGAAAUUUCUUUUCUGGGACCCAAAGACGCAAGUCCCUUUGAGGCCCCGACGACCCCGGGAAGCUCGCACCAUACCAGAGAACCCAAGGACCAAGAGCCAAGCCCACGGACAACUGCCCGCACUGUCCCCAGGAGGAAGAAAGGGUACUGUGAGUGCUGCCAAGAGGCCUUUGAGGAGCUCCAUGUGCAUCUCCAGAGUGCCCAGCACCGGGGCUUUGCCCUAGAAGCCCAUCUGUAUGCAGAAGUUGAUCGCAUCAUCGCCCAGCUCAGCCACAGCUUUGCAGACAUCCCCUUCCAGGCCAGCCUCCCCAGGUGGCCAGGCUCCUCGGCUUCUGAUUGUGACCCUCUCUGUCCUGAGACUACACCCCACAGCCAGCCCUCCCUCCCGAGGGUGGCCUCUCCCAGGAUGAGGAAAGAAGAUGACCACCAGGCCCCAGGGGCCCCAGAGGAGGAUGGGACAGUGGGCAGCAUGAAGUCAUCAGCUGAACCUGCGGGGACUGGUGAGGUACCUAGACCAGUAGCGAGCUACCAGGAGCUGCAGGGGUCAGUCGAUGCCUUUGGGGCCUCUCCAGGAAUGCUGGAGUCCAGGAACCCUGCUUGCCGGUGCCUCCUGACCAGCUCUGGUUUUGCGGACCUCUCCUCUGGCCCAGACUUGGCACUUGUUGGCCACAAGCGGAAGGUUUCGUCCCCCAGUGGCAAUGCCGAGAAGCAGCCAGGGGGCUCCUGGCCACAAGCCCCUCCCUCGGUCCCAAGAGCCCCCAAACCUUGCAGUACCAGGACCAUAAGUGGCAGGCAUCUCCCCUCCCUUCCCCUGCCAGGCCAUGAUCCCAGGACCCAGGCUGCCCUCCUCCCCUUGUGCUACCCACAGACCUGCCUCUCUCUCCCAAACCCCUCACCCUGGCAGCCCACAGACAGGUCAGCAGAGUUCUGGGCCACACAGCCCCCCUGGUCUGGGGGAGGGUGGCCCCCAGGAUUGGAGGAUCCUGAGGACGUAGCUCCUGGCCCUGUCUCCCAGCAGGCUGACCAGCCCCCCAGCAGCCCCACAGCUCCAGGCCUGCUGUCUACCCACGUACACACAUCUGCCUGCACGCAGCCCCCAGAAGGGCCUACAGGGAGCCAGUCUACCUCUCUCCCCCACCAUCUGCCCACCAGUCGGGGGGCCAACUGCUCCCGAUGGUUCUGGAACUCCCAGCCUCUCCAUGUCCCCUGCCUCCCUGGCUCCCACUUCCACAUCUUCAUGGACCAGCCCCAGCCCAGUGCUGGCAGAGAACUGCUCCUCUGAGUCCCCCUGGGCCACACGGGCUCCAGGCUUGAUGGCCACACACAAGAUACACUUCUGCUUGUUGUUGCACCCCUGGCCAAGGCUGACCAGAAGCAGAGCCCCAGGACCCCCCACAAAGAGCCAGAAGGCGCCCCGGGCCUGCCCUUUGAGGUCCAAGUAGACAGCUGCCGUGGCCACGCUCAGUGGAGCCCACAGGCGGGCAGGCCUUUGUCUCCUCAGGUCACACUGGCUCUGCUGCCCAGUGAGGCCUCACCUGCAGAGGGUUCGCUGGGAGUGGGUCUUGCCCUGCAUCAGCCCAGCUUAGCCCUUGUGCAGGAAAAAUUGAAGGAAGAAUUGGCUGAAGGGCAGAAACAGCUGCAGAGGAAGGAGGCCGUAAGCCCGGUUCUGAAGCUGCCCAGGCCUCCUGGUGUGGGGGGCGGCUCCUGA